GAUAAAACAGUUUGGCAUGGGAAGGAUGGAGGACAGAGAUGACACCAGGUGAGCAAAUUUGUUACCGUGCCCUUAGCCUUUCAGGGCACUACAUUUCCCAGAGCUUCUUGGGAAGGGGGCGAAGUGGCACCAAAGGCCAGGAAUAAGGAUGACCCUUGAAGCAAACGCAGCCUGUCAACCACUGUUGAAAUACCAAUAAGCCAAUCUUUGUCCAAUAGGCCUUCUCUCUGGUCCUGGUGAACUGGUUGUGACAGCUGAGCAGGUGAAAAACACCAUCACGUCACCCUGUUGCGAGGGCAUGGCUGCAUUGCAUGACCACGGCGCAUACUGCAUACCAGAAGGAGGACAUGCCCUGAAGAGGCUUGUGAGGGAGUUGCAGGACACAGCCCACCGCCAGAGCGAGCGCCUUCUUAGCCUGCAGGGAGCGGUGGAAGCCAACCAGAAGGAACACCAAGAGCUGAAGGAGAGCACGGACGGCGAGAACUGGGCUCUCCUUUCCCGCCUCGGAGAGCGCGUCUCGCAGCUGGAGGAAGAGAACCGGAACCUACGCUGGGAGCGGGAGCAGCUGGAGUCCGCAGGGCGCCGCAUGCGCAAGGAGCUGGAUGCCAGCGGCGCCACCGUCCUCUCGCUGAGCAGGCAGCUGAGGGGGCAGCGCGAGGCCCAGGCGCACCACGGGGCCUUCUCUCUCGAGAGCGUCAAGGGCGACGGCAAGCGGCUGAGGUUCUACACGGGCUUCGACGGGUAUCCCCGCUUGGCGGCCUUCCUGGACUUCCUCCUCGAGGGCAAGCAGGGGGAGUUGGGGAGCCCGGAAGGCAGCCCCCACAGCGCCCUCAGCCCCGACAACCAGCUCUUCCUGGUGCUCGUCCGCCUGCGCCUGGGCCUGCUGCUUCAGGACUUGGCCUUCCGGUUCCACAUCUCCGAAUCCACGGCCUCCCGCUACUGGGCCAGCUGGACGGAGCUCAUGGAGCGGAGGUUGAGACAAAUCCCAGUCGCCUGCAGCCAGCGCUACAUAGAUGCUUUCAAGCCACAGCAGCCACUCAGGCACCAUGACGUGCCGCUGGUGGCUCUGGACUGCGCAGAACUGUUGUUCGAAGCCCAGGGGCGGUCAAGAGGCAGAGGAGGAGAUGCCCCUCAGGUUCCCAGGGCUCGGUACUCUGUGCACGGCUAUGCUCUGGCUGCUCCCAGCGGCUUCCUGACGUUCAGUGCCGGGACUGGCAAAGAAUUGCCUGUGUUGCCGCCGUUCCUGCAGGCAGGGCCUGUGGAGCUGACAGCCCAGCAGGAGGCGGCCAAGAGGCAAGUGCUGAGCUUGCGGAGCCUGACGGACAAGGCUUUUGGCUACCGCUUCCUGCGUGUUGUCCACCCGCAGAACAUGGAGGGCCAAGUGGGCAGGGCGUGGACCAUUUCUUGCUACCUGGCUUGCCUGCUGCACGACCCCAUGGGGCUAGGCUAGGGCAAAGGAGUCCUGCGCCCCC